CGGCCUCGCGCGCUGCGCCGUUGCGACGUGAUGACGCAGCGCGCGGCCUGGCCUGGCUCCCAAGAUGGCGGCGCGCAGGGCGCGGAGGCCGCGCUGUCGUUGAGAGGCCCCGCGCUCCGGUGCGGCUCCCGCUCCCCGCGAGCCCUAAUUUAGAUCUGUCUGUGAUCGAUACUGCGAGUUGUGAAGGUGAUUCCAAAACCACCGUGAGGCAAAGACAGUUUCCUUUAUUCUGAAAAAGAGAAACUUUUUGAAGGUCCUGAAGUGACAUUCUGAAGACUUCGUUUUUGAAAAUUUAAAAAGCAAAAACAGUUCUGUUUUGAUAAAUGAAGGAGAAUAAAGAAAAUUCCAGCCCUUCUGUAAACUUGGCAAACCUGGACCAUACAAAGCCAUGCUGGUACUGGGAUAAGAAAGAUUUGGCACACACACCAUCACAGCUUGAAGGGCUUGAUCCAGCUACAGAGGCACGGUACCGCAGGGAAGGGGCCAGAUUCAUAUUUGAUGUGGGAACACGUUUAGGGCUACAUUAUGACACUCUAGCAACUGGAAUAAUUUAUUUCCAUCGGUUUUAUAUGUUUCAUUCCUUCAAACAGUUCCCAAGAUAUGUGACAGGAGCCUGCUGUCUGUUCCUAGCAGGAAAGGUUGAAGAAACACCCAAGAAAUGUAAAGACAUAAUUAAAACAGCUCGUAGCUUGCUAAAUGAUGUACAGUUUGGGCAGUUUGGAGAUGACCCAAAGGAAGAAGUGAUGGUACUUGAAAGAAUCUUACUACAAACAAUAAAGUUUGAUUUGCAAGUGGAACAUCCAUACCAAUUUCUUCUCAAGUAUGCCAAACAACUCAAAGGAGACAAAAAUAAAAUUCAAAAACUCGUUCAAAUGGCGUGGACAUUUGUCAAUGACAGUCUCUGCACUACACUGUCCCUGCAGUGGGAGCCUGAGAUCAUAGCUGUUGCAGUUAUGUACUUAGCAGGCCGUUUGUGUAAGUUUGAAAUACAGGAAUGGACAUCAAAACCAAUGUACAGACGAUGGUGGGAGCAGUUUGUCCAAGAUGUUCCUGUUGAUGUUUUGGAAGAUAUUUGUCAUCAGAUCCUGGACCUGUACUCACAGGGAAAACAGCAAAUGCCUCAUCAUACUCCUCAUCAGUUGCAGCAGCCACCAUCUCUUCAGUCUACACCCCAGGCACCUACAGUUCAGCAGUCACAGCAAUCCCAAAGUUCAGAGCAAUCCCAGACACAGCAGCAAAAAGAGUCGCAGCAGUCAGCACAGCAACAGCAGCAGCAGCAGCAAACACAAGCACAGCAACCUAAAAAGCCCUCUCCCCAGUCAAGUCCUCCUAGACAGAUUAAAAGGCCAGCAGCUGUAUCUCCAAAAGAAGAAACAAAGGCAGCAGAACCACCGCCACCAUCUAAAAUUCCUAAAAUUGAAACUUCACAUCCACCAAUACCUCCUGCACAUCCACCUCCAGAGCGUAAGCCUCCUUUGACAACAGCAGUUUCAAUGGGAGAACCAGAGCAAUCUACUACUGUGGACUCAGUAGAUAUGCCAAAGGUCCAGAUUCCUCCCCCUGCUCAUCCAGCCCCAGUACAUCAACCUCCACCUCUGCCACAUCGUCCCCCACCCCCACCCCCUACCAGUUAUAUUACAGGGAUGUCUACUACAAAUUCUUACAUGUCAGGGGAGGGUUAUCAAAGUCUCCAGUCAAUGAUGAAAACAGAAGGACCAACAUACGGAGCUUUACCGCCAGCCUAUGGACCACCAGCUCAUCUACCAUAUCAUCCUCAUGUCUACCCUCCCAACCCUCCACCACCAGUCCCACCUCCACCCCCUGCCUCUUUCCCCCCACCCAAUAUUCCACCUCCUACUCCUGGAUAUCCUCCUCCGCCUACAUACAACCCUAAUUUCCCACCUCCAAGACUGCCUCCAACUCAUGCAGUACCACCUCAUCCACCUCCAGGGCUGGGAAUGCCACCAGCUAGUUACCCCCCUCCUACUGUUCCCCCAGGUGGACAGCCACCUGUACCACCUCCAAUUCCACCACCUGGUAUGCCACCUGUAGCAGGACUUGGACGUGCUACAUGGAUGAGAUAGCAUGAGGUAAUUUGCACGAUAGACCUUUAUGUUGAUUAGGCAGGAGUAGAUAGCCAAAACCUACAUUGUAAAGAUGAAGAGGAGGGUAAUCUGUAUAAUUUAGAUGAAGAAAUGAAAUUAAAUGAAAAUUUAGCUGAUCUGUUUGCAGUAUGGUUUAUGGUGAGUUAUAUAGGCUUCUAGAUUUUAAUCAGCUUUGCAGUAUCUAUUCUAACUUUAUACAUUUGACUUAAGUUUAAAUUGUCUUGACUUAUUCCAGCACUGGAUUACUUUGUACUAGCAAAACCAGCCAUAUUGGCUCAAUUAUAUCAGUAAGAAGAAAAUUUCCUUCUAGAAAUCAGUGCCUAUUUUUAAGUAUCAAAAUAGCCAGAUACUAUGAUAUUUGAUCUAUAGUAAGAAACUUCAUUUUUAAUAAUAAGUAAAACAACACGAUGUCAAGCAUAAAAGCUGCUUUAUUUAAGAGAGAUUCUGAAUGCUAGCUGACUGGAAUAAUUUUGAGGUGUUUGCCUUGCUGAUAGUUUUGGUUUGGAAUGUACUGGUAUCUUAAAAUAUUGUAUGUUUACACCUAUUUGCAAAUUCCUGUACAUAAUAUAUAUAUUUUCUAAGUGUGAAAGUCUGAAUGUAACAGCCUACUGUGAUGUACAUCAUAGUUAUAAAUGGGACUACUUUGUUCACUCUACCCAAAUAAAAUUGGUUCUGAAUUUAGUGAA